AUGGCUGUACUUCAUAUUAACGCUCUUGAUCAAUUAACUGCUCUUCUUUCUACUGAAAAAGUUAUUGUUAUUGAUUUCUUUGCUACAUGGUGUGGUCCUUGUAGAUCUAUUAGUCCAUAUUUUGAAGAACUUGCUGGUCAAUACAAUAACAUUAAAUUUGUUAAAGUUGAUGUAGACCAAGCUGAAGAAAUUUGUGUUAAUUAUAAAGUUAGAUCAAUGCCAACAUUUGUUCUUGUUAAAGAUGGAAUAGAACAAAAACGUUUCAGUGGAGCAGAUAGAAAUGCCUUAAAACAAAUGGUUGAAACAGCAUAA